AUGAACUACAUGCAUCAGAGCCUUCCAGCAAAACCCUGUCAAAAUAUGAUCUCCAAGCAGAAUGUUCUGCAGCAAAAGCUGACGUGCUCUCAACUCAUUCACUUUCUGAGAACCAAUGCAAGAGUGGAACAACUGCUGUCUUCUGGUCCUGAUGUAAAAUAUAGAGCAGGCACAGCUGAUGGAUCAUUUACACCAAUGCAGCAACUGAACACAGCACCUAUUGAGGGUCAUAAGAUUAACGCUUCGGCCAGAGGCAGUAAGGAUGUUAAGAAUGACCAGAUCUGUUGUGACGUUUCGGAACCUUUCUUUGAGGUGAAAGACCGCAGCACUGAUUGUGUGGCGUAUCGCUGGAUGAUCACCUCCAGCAGUGAACUGUGGGAUAUUGGGGAUGUUUUAACAGGCAUGAAUCAAUCCCUACCAGAGCCAUUGCCAAACAAAGUAAAGGAGUUUCUUUUUCAAGAUGACUGGAAAGUUCCUAAUGCCUUCAGCCAAAGCAUCUGUCCCUCAAGUGAAGAGUCCACACAGAUUGAUGAUGUUAAAGAUGGAGACGGUGAAACUAUCAGAAUCCCAGAAUUUCAGAUUCGCAAGUUUGAGGAGAUGCCAGUUGUUACUACACAAAUUGUAAAUCCAAACAAGUUCUUCAUCCAACACAAGGACACUCAUCUUUGUGAACUGUCUGAAGUCCUGCUAAGUAGUAAAAGUGGUAGGUCGUUUGUGGAGAUGAAUCGCAUCCCAGAUAUUGGAGCAUAUGUCUCAGUAUGGUUUCCCAAGCAAGAGAUGUGGUGCCGUGCCCAGGUCUCCAAAAUAUGUGGAUUGAGCCAAGAUAGCAAGCAGAGAGAUUUCACAAAAAUUGAGGUGGAGGUCAGCAGGAUUGACUAUGGAGAUGUUGGCUGGGUCUCUCUUGAGAACAUAAAGGAACUGUGUGGAGAAAUGGCCGCCAGGUCUGUGCAAGCGCUGCAGGUUUCACUGGCAAAUAUUAUUCCAUCGAUCUCAAAGCACUACUUAUCAAGAACAACCAACAACAACAAACAACUGCAUGAGGGAUUCAUAUCAAUCUCAAACCCUCACCGCUCAGGAACAACCAACAACAAACAAUUUGCGGUGAGGCCGGUGAAUGGUGAACUCUGGUCUGUUGAAGCCAUCAGCUGGUUUAAAAGUAAAGUGCAGAACAAGACUCUGUAUGCCAGACUUUACCCACAAUCAGCUGAAGUUUCUGUGGAGCUCUUCAUGCAGAAGGGAAAGAUUGGUGCCAUGAGGAGAGGCGACUCACUGUCGGUCAGACUGGUCCAGCAUGGAUUUGCCCGAUAUGAGCUUCAGAAGCGUAAGAUAUUGACAACAAGUCAUGUCCAACCGCAAACAAAACUGCAGUCCUUAGAGUGGGAGAAGUAUCUGAUUUCCUGUUACUGUCACAACAGGAAAUGAUGUCACAGCAUCUUUUUACAGCCUCUGGGGACUGUUGUGAAGAGAAGUUUACACACAGCAGUGUGUCCGAGACAGGAUUUCUAUUGUUCUUUAGUAGAAGAAGCUUCUUAACAUUUCAAGGAACUGAAGUUACACAGAUUCUCUUUUUUUUAUUCAGAAUUUGUAUGUGAUGUUCAAAGUAGUCGCAUGUGCUUUAGUUUGUGUCGUUUAAAAGGUUUGCGUUACGGAAAACAUUCAGUGAUGUGUGUAAAAUGUGCUGAUUUUUGUUGAAAACGUUCUCUGUCAGAAUUGUUGAGAAGAUUGUUUGAGUUUCUCUUGAUGUGUGAUUGAAGUCUGUAUAGAACGGGUCAGUGUGAGAGUGUUUCGGAGCUUACAGUCUUACAUUCCAACUGGUCAUUCAUCAUAACUUCAAACGUUUUCUUUUCUGAUGUGUGUUGAACAUUGUGCAAUAUAAAUGUAACAUUCAUUCAUUGCUGUUUUGCAAAGUCUACUGAUUGAAAUAUGUCUCAAAGGUAACUUUAUCUAGAUGACUGUGCGAUGAGGUUUUGUCAAAAUUGUGAGAAUGACUUGCGAUCAAUUCAAGAAUGAGUUGAAAUGCAAAAGUGUGAAGUUUAUAUAUUUGUGACGGAUUUACAUUAUAGACAUUAAACUACUAGCUAUUAUUACAAAAUGACCAAGUAUUUGAUUUGAUUUCUUUUGCAUUUAUCAAACUGCAGCUGCUUUGAGAGACAUUUAUUGAAAAUGUUUUUUUACUUUUAUGACUGCUCGAGUAGAUUAGGUGUGAGUGUUCGGUUGAACUUCUUUUUGAAAUGUAGUUUCAUUUGGGAAAAUGACAA